CCGACCAUCGCCUCAUCAUAGAUACUACACUUCGUAUAAUCUGCCUCGUCGAUAGAUAGAUUCUUCAACCUUGAGAAUGUCACUGAGAACCGCCGUAUCGCCAGCCCUCCGGCAAGCGACCUCGAUCGCCCGAUCGUCACCUACGAUCCUCGCCCGAACCUAUGCCACGAAACCUCCUCUCUCCUCCGAACCUCUCCCUCAACCCCGUCCCGUCUACCCACCUCCAUCGAACCCUUUCCAACCUCCCCCUCAAGCUUCGCCUUCGAACUCGAGUACGCAGCAGACAGGUCAACAGCACUCGCCGUUCAAGGUCAGCAUCGUCAAGGCGUUGGCCAAGUUGAUGGGGUACAACACGAGGAGCGUGACGGCGAUCAGGGAGACGGGGAACAUGUGUGGGUCGAUCGUUAGGGCCGUCGAGAAGGAUCACGAUUUCUGGUACGGAGAAUGCGGCCUUCCUGCGACGUAUCAGACGUUUUUCCAGCUCCACCUCGUCUACCUCUACCUCCUCCUCCCUCGCCUCCGUGCUUUGCCCAACACGACCACCCUAGGCCGAAGUAGCACCUCCAUCUCCCAGACUUACCAGACCGAACUUCUCACCCACUUUUUCGCCCUCGCCGAGAACCAAAUGCGAGUCACCUUGGGGCAAGGCGAACGAGAACGGGUAGUCAGGAAUUAUAUGAAGGAGAUGGGGGAACAGUGGAAAGGCGCCGGGAUCGGGUUCGAUUAUGCCAUCUCCAUCGGACAGGAUUUGCCAGAGAUCCCAGCUGGGGAGAGGUCUAGCAAGGGAGGGGAUGCCGAGCUGGCCGCCUGGGUAUGGAGGAACUUGUUUGCGGCGAGGUAUUCCGACCUUCCUUCCGACUUUACACCGACGACCAACACUGCCGCCAUCCCAGCCGAGCAGGACACGGUCAAGUCUGACCCGUCCAACCCGGUUCAUCAUCUUAAACUUCCCGCGCAGCUGGCCCAGAUCGUAGCUUUCAUCCGUCGAGAGCUUUACCGGUUGGACCAGCUUAGCGAUGAGGAUAUCGAACAGGGGAGGACUGGCGAGUUUGGGCCAGUCAGGGAGAUUACUGGGAGACGGGGUGGAGCGGAGACCGUCGAUGGGGCGUAGAGUCCCUCGAUCCUCGUCACUUCUGGAACGGGUUUGUAAAUUUACGAGUGGGAAUGUCUCGCCUCUGGCGAAACGAAAAAGUGCCUUUUUCUGGAUACCAAUUACCGAUUAGACGGGGCGUGCGCAUCUAUAUCUCAUCAUGCAU